GACAGGUCGCUUUUAGUCCGGGCUUUGGAAGAUGGAGCUCUCGGCGGUGGGAGAUCGUGUUUUCGCCGCGGAAUCCAUACUGAAGCGCCGUGUCCGCAAGGCAAGAAUUGAAUACCUUGUAAAAUGGAAAGGAUGGGCGAUGAAGCACAGCACUUGGGAGCCAGAGGAGAAUAUUUUGGACGACAGGCUGAUACUUGGCUUCGAGCAAAAGGAACGGGAUCGGGAAUUGCAUGGGCCGAAGAAGCGGGGGCCAAAACCUAAAAACUUUGUCAUGAAGGCUCGUGGGCGGAAAGGAGAAGCCAGAAGCCGAGCCUCGAAGUCCCAUCAGACCACAUCACGCUCCUCUUCGUCCACUCCCAGCCGAGCGACUCCUUCCUCUUCUGCUACACCUCAUCACUUAGGGUCUACGUCCUCCUCUUCCUCAACUGUGGCACCCUCUCCAAAACUCAAUUCUCUAGCCGCCACCCAUAAGCUGAAGAAAGACAUUCACCGUUGCCACAGGAUGUCCAGGCGCCCUCUGCCCCGCACAGAUCCCUUGGCGUCCGGCUUCUCCAACCCCGGAGGCUUCCCCCGCCUGCACGUCUCCCCCUUCUCCGAGACCGUCCGCAUCCUGAACCGAAGAGUCAAACCCCGGGAAGUCAAGAGAGGACGGAUCAUCCUCAAUCUAAAGGUCAUUGAUAAGCCAGGUCGUGGUGGAUCGGCCGCAGGCGGUAGGAAUAUUACAGCAGGACGCCAAACCAUCCCUUCCCGCAAUCGUAUUAUCGGGAAGAAGGGAGAUGCUCCCUAUAGACCUUUUCAGCCUCCUCUGAAGAUGCUGGGAUUCCCGAUGUACGGGAAGCCGUUUGGCCUGCAGUGUGGAAGUCCUGUGCCUUUUCACUCCCACCCAAGUUCAUGCUCAGGCGCCAUGAACACCCACUCCACCUCCUCCCAGUACAAGUCACCUCCCUCCCCUUCCAGCUCCAGUGGCUCUGAAGGAAAGUCUCGCACCACCGCCACAGCCGCACGGUCUGCCAGAGGAGCCGCAGCUUCCAGCGAGGGUCCCAAAUCCAGUAAACCUCACUCAGAGACCCAGAAGGGCCAGAGUGCCAAGCCAUCUGCUCCCGCCUCGUCCCCGGAUGUGGCGUCAGCAUCUCCCUUCCUCCCCUCCUCACCCUCCUCUUCCCUGGAAGAUGACGAGGAAGAGGGCACGACGGACCGAUCUGCAACCCAAGGGGGAGCGAGGAAAACUCGUAGGCCCAAACGCCAGCUUCCCGCCACCCUUCCCUCAGUCACCCCCAGCGACCAGAGCUCUACCCCCGCCGAUCCCAAAAGGGUGCCCGCAGAGGGGGACCCCGACUGGCACCCUGAAAUGGCACCCAGCUGCAAGGAUGUGGUGGUCACUGACGUCACCACCAACCUCGUCACCGUGACCAUAAAAGAGUUCCCCUCCCCGGCUUCGUGCCCAGCCUCACCCUCUGCUAGCCCCGAAAACGCCUCCUCCCCUCCCCCAAGCACCACCUCCGAUGACCCUGCCCCAACCAAGCCAUAGGAGAUCAGAUGCUGCCAUCGAUGAUAGAAAAAAAAAAAAAAAAGAAUAUCAAACCAGUGUUGCCACUUCAGCCCCCUCCUACCUUUUUCUGUAAAGGUGUGUCCAUACUUGUGUAACGAUGAAUAUAAUGUAAUGUAACUUAACACCGCCCAGCCAUUGAAUAGUAUAAAAAAAGAGCAUAUUUUUUUUAAGAGAAGUGUAUAAAUUCGAAAAAGGGGCAGCUAAUAAGCCCUUCUUGUCACUUAAAUUGCCAUAUUUUGUCCACUUGCACAGCACUGACUCUUUCAAGCAGACUUGGACGGAAAUUGUGUUUGUUUUCCUUUCGCAUGCUUCAAACAUGCGGAGUUUAGCUCGUUUGUUGCGAUAAAAAUUUGUCCAAAAAGUGGAAGGCUCGCCCAUCUGCUGUGUUGGGGUGAGAUUUUAUCAAGCACACUUGCUGCAUGUGAAAUAAACAAAUGCUAUUUUGAUCAAGCCCUGCUGCGAAGGCUGUUAGGCCAAUUUUCUGCCCCUUAGUUUCAUUGGAAGUCCAGCCUGUUAAUAAACGUGAUGUGUUUUUUGCACUUAACACAGUUGGACGUUCAUAUAUUGCAUCAAUACAGCGAGGUAAAUGCAAUGCACUUGACUGCAUCUAAAAAAACAACCUUAUUCUAUGUAGUACAUCAAUUUUUCAAGGCCUUUUUUUUCCUCUCUUGCUCUCUUGAACGCACAUGCGCAUAUAUAUACAGUAUGAGUAAGUAUUUAUAUGCACGCACAACCUUAAAAGCUGCAAAAUAAUAUACAAACACAAUAGAUUUUUAAGUUAUUGCUGUCCUUGCCAUCUUUCCCUGCUCGCCUUGUUUUUUCUCACAAACCCACCACUUUCCUCAGCUCUGUAACGUCCAACAAGACUCUAAACUGUUAGUCUGCAGUUAGUCGUGAAAUUGUCUCUUUAUACCACAUUUGCGCGUUUUAACUUUUCCACUUGUCAAAGUGUAGAAGGUCCAUGGACUGACACAUAAGCUACGAACUCAACUAAAGCCACCAAUCCAAUGCAGUUUGCUAUAAUCACUGGUUACCUGUUUAAAUAAUGUGGUACAUGCAUACACAGUCCAAGCUUGUAAAAAUCAAUAGUAUCUGGUAGUUUUGACUGUUAACUUUCCAUUUUGGCAGGUAGAGCAGACUGUUUUACAACCUUUUUGCUCCUUUGGAUGUUGUUCUUAAGCUAACACUGCUUUAUUAUCAUGUUUUAAAGUGUUAUUGUCAAUAUAAGUGGUUCAUGUAGCACUGAUCACAGUGUCCUCCAGCUGUCUAUAACGCUAGUGAAACUGAACCAGGACAAGACUGUGCCAG